AUGAAGGAAUACCGGCUUCUUUAUCUAUCUGUCACUUUCUUUUUUCACUUUCCUGAGUGUUUUGUUUUCUCUCUUGCUUCACAUUAUCAAUCUUUUUCUUCUUACUUUUUAAUGUAUUACAUUCUGUUUUCUCUCCUUUCUUUAUUGGUUCAUACUUUCUUUUCUCCUGCUCACCUUCCUUUUCCUUUUUCACUCUCCAGUUUGCUCUUCAAAUUAUUCAUUUUCUUCUAUUGUUUUUUCCUUCUAUUUUCUCUCCCUUUUUUAAACUCUUUGUCUUCCUUUAUCUCUCAUUUCUCUCCUUUUCAUUGUUUUUUUUCCUUUUUCCUUUUCUUCUUUCAUUGCUCUUUUCCUUUUACUCAUUUGCUCUCAUUUCUUCCUAAUUGUUAUUUUUGUUUUUUUAUGGCUUAUUCCUCUUUUCUCAUGAUCACAUUUUCUCUUUCCUCUAUUUUCUUUUGGCACUCUCAUUUUUAUUCUUAUUUUUUUCUCGUUUGUAUUCUUUUUCUGAUUAACUCUUUAUUUCUCAUCUCAUUUUUCUGGCUCUUUAUCUCUUUCUUUUGGUUAUUCUCUCAUGCUCUCUAUUUUGUUCUUUCUCUCAAUAUUCCUCUCCAUGGAAAACCUACAAAAACAAACCCUAACUUUUCCCCUUCAAUCCCUUCCCUAUCCAAUACCAUUCUAUCCUAA